UCAACAAAACGACUGCCGUUUUCAACCAUCUUAUACCCCCGAGGGUUCGUCUAUCAUGCGCCCACUGGUGCAAGAUAAGAAGAAAUGCAGUGCUUGAAUGGUGGUGUUCGUCUUUCCCCUGCGUUCCCAUUGUCCAGAUGGUUGCGGGCCCGUGGAUUUUCUGCGAAGCUCUUCGUUGGAGGGCUUUCCUAUGAUACCAAUGAAGCUGUUCUAAAGGAAGCUUUUGGACGGCAUGGUGAGAUAAUUGAAGUUAAAGUUAUAUGUGAUCACAUGAGUGGGAGAUCAAAAGGGUAUGGGUUUUUGCGGUUCAUUUCAGAAACUGCAGCCGCCACAGCUCUAAAAGAAAUGGAUGGUCAGUUAUUGGACAGCAGAAAUAUUCGUGUGCAUUAUGCACACCGGGGAUAAAAAGAUGGACCCAAGCUGAUCCGUGCCUGUGUAGCCAUCUGAAUGAAGGUUGAGAUUUGCUAGUUCUCCAGUGACAUGGUUUGUAGCACCAUUGUCCGGGUACGACUGGUGGGUGGGCAUGCCAAAGUAGUGAAGGCCUGCAUGUUAGGUGAAUUUUCAUGUUGAAAGGAGUAGUCAAACCUGUGAUAGCACCUAAGAGCAGUAUGGCCAGAUUUGUUGCAGACUUGGCAUACAUGGCGUAGAGGAAGGCUAUUAGAGGAAUGGGAGGAUGUAGAUCCUCUGCCACGACCAAAAUGCCCACGGGUUGUAGGAGACCGGUUGUGAAAAUUGUAGCCUUUGUUGUGUGAUCCUCCACAAGAGGGUCCACUAGAUUGAGAUGAACCUUGGUAGGGUCCCUUAUUUUUAGGAGAGAAGGGAUGGGCAGUAGCCACAUUUGCAUAUGGAAAUACAGCCUCAGCAGCCGUGGAGUUGUGUUCCAGGCGCAUUUUAUGUGUCAAGAGGUGAGCAUAUAACUCUUCAAUGGACAUUGGGUCUACUCGGGUGGUGACAGAGGUGACAAACGGAUCAAAUUCAGAUCCCAAGCCAGCAAGUAGAAAUUAGACCAACUCAAAAUCAUUGAGUGGUUGGCUGGCAGCAGCUAGUGUAUCAAGUGCUUUGAACUUUUGAAAAUAUUCAAUCACAGAGGAGCCUCCCGUUUUGAGUGUAGCUAGUUGAUAAUGGACUUGCAUGAUCCGGGCCCGAGAUUGGGAUGGGCACAUGCAUUCGAGGGCAUUCCAGACUUCACUUGAGGUGGAAUAGCCAAUGACCUGAGAGAUAAGACUCUCGGAGAUAGUGGACACGAGGGUGCUGAGGAC